GCGAAGAGAGUCUAACAAAUGACCCCAAUCGAUGAGCAGCGCGUGGCCCCUGUUCGUAUACGGUUCGUACGUGACUGCUGCAUGAUACAAGCUGUCCUUCCGUCGGAUUUUCAUCAGGAAUCGAUCACAUUUUACUCAUAUUUACAACAACCCUUGAUAUCGAGGUCUUUAGAAAUGAAAAGGAGCAGUCCCCAGGCUGGUCGGAGUGGCAAAAUUCUGAGCCCUCGAUCCUCAGUAUGGCAAUUUAUGGAGCUGAACAGAGAAACUCGCAGAGCACGGUGUCGCUUUUGCGAAAAGAUAUUGGCUUACACAGGAGGCACGACAAACUUGCGCUAUCACUUGACUGCAGCUCAUUCCAUGGAAGAAUUUGAGGUUAUUGGUCCUUCAGCAAAGAUAUUCAAGCCUGGUGGAAGGACCCCAGGAUCUGGAAAGAAAAAAAUCCCAAAGCUCAAGGAUCACCCAUCGACAUCCAGGACCUCAGCCAUCAAAGAUCUCAAGAAAACUCCAACGAAACUGACACCAGUACCAGAAGAAAUGCCCAACACUCCACCAUCAACUUCAUCUGAACAUCUAACAAUGCCCAGUCUGAGUCCAAUCAAGGCCAAUAUCCAGAAGCAGAAGAUGGACGAAGGUGAGAUGGUCAUCGCUCCCAAACUCCUGCACAUGAUGGCCCAGAGUCUGCAGCCCUUGAGUUUCAUCUAUUCCGAAGGCUUCAGGUCCUACAUGAGGUCUAUUGAGCCCGUCCACAAAAUCCCACGCAAGCAGAAGUUGCUGAACAACCUAAUUGUCAUGUAUGAAGAGACUAAGAUACAACUGAAAGAAAUUCUGGCUGAAGAAGUAGGCUACUUUUCUCUUGUGUAUGACCUUUGGAGCGGCAGUGACCAGGAGCUGUAUACAACGGUCCGCAUUCACUACUUAACAAAUCAGUGGGAGCGCAAAAGCUAUGUCCUAGGCACUGAGCAUGUUUCAAGGGCUGAAACCAACAACAAUGAGAUCUGCCUGUACAUUAAUGAUCUAAUGUUCCAGUACGGCUUGCCAUCAGAGCACCUGGUGGCAAUCCUCAACCGGCAAGGGAUGAUGAAGCCAACCGCCAUGGAAGUUGGGGCUACGUUGGUCUGUGAGUCUAUGGGUUGUGCAGCAGAGAAGCUCGAGAUGUGUGUCCUGGAAGCGUUCAAAGUUCCUGAGGUGAGGGCCGUGGUAGAGCGGGCAGGUAAACUGGUGAGCUACCUCAUCUUUGAUGAGGAGGCCAACAGACUACUGCAGGAGCUGAAGGAGAGUGAUCCUGGUAAACUGAUGAUUGAUCUGGUGCAAGAUCAUAGAGGUAGUUGGAUUGCCACAUCUGAGAUGCUCUUCAAGUUGAUGGCCCUCAGACCUGUUGUAGAGAGAGUUUGUGGUCUUGAUCCAAAGAGUGAGGAAUUGCUUCUCGGUGAACCGCAAUGGAGGUUGGCAGAGAAGCUUGUUAGCUCACUUCAAAUCCUGAGGGCUGCUCUGGCAGUCAUGAGCAAGGACAGGACUGGAUCUGUUUCAUGUCUUCUUCCUGUGGUCCACAGUAUUCUUCAGCACUGUGAGGAUUCCAGUCAUGGGCCAAACUCACCCAUGGAAAGGUUCUUGAAGACCAUAGGUAGGGAGACCAGAAGCAAAUGGGACCUGACCGCCAUCCUGCCCUCGUCCGUGCCUAUGCUUGCUGCAUUGCUCGAUCCCCGCUUCAAGAAGCUGAAGUUCAUCGCCGAGGAGGACAAGGUGGAUGUCCUACUUGCGCUCAAAAGUGUCAUGCUGGCCAGUCCGGGUGUUGCCGAUGGAGAAGGUGGAAAUAACCAGUCGGGUGAUUCAAAGGAAUCAUCCCCGUUCUUGUGCUUGUUUGGUAAUGGAGAAGAGGAAGGUGUUCCAGACAAGCUAGAUAUCGACAGUGAGAUCAACAGCUACAUGGACUUUCCUGCUCUGAGGCACGACUCCUGUCCGUUGGACUGGUGGAGGGUCAACAGGAGCAGGUUUCCAAACCUUGUCAAGCUGGCCAAGCAGUUUCUUUGUAUGCCUGCCAUUGCCCAGCCUAUGAGUGACAUCAUGGCCGGAGCAACCAUGCUGGAUUUGAAGAGGGCUGUUUUGGAAACUGAAGUUAUAGCACCACUCAUCUUCCUCAAUCACAACUGGUCAUUGACCCAGCUAUAAGAACCUUAUUGACUCUCCUAUCUUGGACACAGAUCAAAUGGAAGGAGAUUGACCGUUAUCUAUGUGAUGCACUUGACAAUUCAGAACUCUGCCUUCAUUCCUGGUACUGUAUUCAACAUUGGAAAUUUGUGUGUAAAUAUUGACAAUUGUAUAAAUUUUAAAAGAUUAUGUGCUUCUCUGUAUACAUGUAGUUUUUACAUUUUCAACUUUUUUUUUUUGAGUGUUUUUUUUUUACAUAUGAAUUCCUAACAUUUUUACUUUAAUCAAUUUUUCUCAUUGACUUGGAUCAUGAGUAAGCACUACAUAAUCAGAUUUUAUUUACACUUUAUUGCUGACAGGCACCUGUAAAAGCGAGAAAUUGUUAUAACAUGUCUCCUACUCUUUUACUUAGGCUUUGGCCUUGGAUAAAUUAUGCUGUUUGUGUUGUGGGAAAAUGUACAAUAUCUAUACAUCCCAAACUUGAACCCAGGCUUGUAAUGAAUAAACAUCUCUUUAAGUUAUUGUUGAGCUAUCAAUAACACCAUCAUUCUAACCCAAAAGUUGUUUUUUAGCUCAGUUCAGUCACCUGAUUCUCAACACCAAACUCAAACACUGUACACUGUAUUUUAAAUAAUUCAGUGUCGUUUAAAACUAUGUGCCAAAUAUAUCUAUGCUAGGAUGUAAGCCUUGCUGUAGGAACAAAGUCAGGAAAAUGUUCCAAAUAAAAAAAUGUCUAUUUGAUCUAGAGACUUUGAGAUAUACACAGAGUGAGUCUCAGUGGAGUAUAUCUUAGAUGAUCAAGUUUCAUUGGUAAACUUAAGUUCAAUUGGUAUCUCAAAAGCCAAUACCAGGGAUUGCUUCCAAAAGCUGUUGAUAAGUUAUUAGUCAUGCACUAAUUUUACACAUGAAUGAUGUCCUGUUCUCGUUUUACGCAAUGGUAGCCAAUUUGCUAUAUUUUGACUUUUGCCGAAUCAUAAUUCUGAUUCGGCUGCUUGUUAAGCCCUGCGCACAUUCUGCGAUCCAUUGUGAUCUAAAUUUCAAAGAUAUUGUAAUAACAUUUGAUAUGAAGAUUCCAACCAAUGGAAUCUUAGCGAUCAGAGUUCAGAAUAGUGGUAGGACUACUGAAAUCAAAAUUCAGUCUAGUUCGAGCCUCCCUGUAAGAAUGAAAGCAAAUUAAAUUCCAAAUCGUAAUGACGUCAACAUCGGCUGCGACUUGAAGCCGAUCUGGAUAACAGGGCUUGCCGCAAAGCAAAAUUGUGAUUUUAUUAUUCCUAGCAUUAUGCCAAACUUCAAAUAAAAUAGUUUUACUUCUUGGAACUUUUUAUUUUAAAAAUUGCGUCGCAUCGGAUCGCAUAUUGUGCGCUGGGCUUUAGCAACAAGAAUUUAAUCUAUAAAGAUCACAUUAUACUUGAAGCUAAUGGGAAUAAAAUUGAUCUGAAAAUCUGAUUUGAUAACCAAGAACAUGUCAUCAGUCAUACGCCAGUGUCUUACAAACAGCUUUAAGGAACACCACCAAGAAGUGAUAUAUUUUCACAUGUAGGGGAAAAUGUCUUAGUAGGACCUACAAGAAAACUCCUUCAACUUGCAUUGAGUACUGUGUUUUUAUCCAUGUACAUAUUUUAAAAUUUUGAUUUAAGUAUCUACAAAGAAAUAUUUAUUUUGAAUGUACUGCUGCUGCUGCAUGAGCUUUUGAAUGUUUUGUGAAUAAUUUCAAAUUUUCUAAAAGAGAGUACUAUAUGCCUUUAAAAUGUGAGCAGCCUUACAGCUUCUGUUAGGUCAUUUAUACGGCUCAUUCUCGCAUUUUCAGAAUAUUUCUGGGAUAUGCUUCACUGUGUAGAUCCUCAAGAAUAAAGAUGUUAAAUGUUUGAUUUUAUCUGGCAUAUAUUUCCAAUUUCAUUGUAGGCAAAUUUAUAACAGGUUCAAUCUACAUUUGGGUUUUCUCUGAUGAAUGCAGAUAUUCGAGUUUAUUCUCACUACCAGUACUUCCCCCUCUCUGUAAAACUUUGUGAAGCUCCAGAAUUUCAAUUUUUAAUUUUUGAAGUAGGCAUUAACACAUUCUAGAAUUCCACAGGAACGGAUAGAAAUUGAUUCAAACUUGCACUGGUCUGGAAGACCUAAAAAACAAUAGUUUGGUAUCAUUUUGCUCAUUUAAAGAUCGAUUGCAUGAUUUGCAUCUGACUGUAAAUUCUGAGAUCAGAAAAGUUGAAAAAGUAAUAUUGAAGGAGCACGAUGGUUAAAAAUGAAAUUGAACUUGGAUGAAAAAUAACAAACUUCUGUCAAUUUUCCACCCGUAAUUGGCUAACAAGCACUGGUGUCUGUUACUCUGGUGACUGUCCUUAAAAAAAAUGGCCUUUCAUGAAAUGCUCCCCUAAUUGUGGGAAUCCUCAUAUAUUGUGCUUCUUAUUAAUUCGUUCGAGAGAGAGAGGGCGCAAGGGGAAAUGCACUGUCCAUCCAAAUCUAAAUUUGAAGUUGUACAUAGUUGUGCUGCCUUCAAUAAAUAGAUGAAUAAGCAGUGAACUUGCUCAUGCACACAGUAGCUAGUUUGUGAUAAUACAUCUCCAUCGCCUUUUUUGUCAUGGAA